AUGAGCCUGCCGUCUUCCCAGCGGGCAGCCGGCGCACAACCAAGACCGAUCAGGUUCGUGUCGUCGGAUGGCCAGCCGCAGACCAAGCGGCGCAGGGUGAUCGCAGCUUGCCGGACAUGUCGAAAGCGAAAGAGCCGGUGCUCGGGCGAACAACCAGUUUGCAAGACGUGCACCGAUUACGGGCAUACAUGUUUAGGAUACAGCGAGCCCGCCAACUCACAGCCCGCCGCGACCUCCUCGCACACCACCCGAACGGCCGCGCAAUCAGACGAGAAGGAAAAGGGAAAUGCUGAGAAACUGCCCAGCCAGAAGCAGAAGAACUCGCCCGAGGCCUUUGGGCGCAAUCUUCCCGGUCCCAACACAGAAACUCGCGAACAGAAACAGAUACCUGAGGCAGCCGAUAGAGCGCAGGAACUUCGACGAGAAAUAGCACAGGAUGAUAUUGCGCCUGCGGGGAUUACUAGUCCGGAGAGCACUCGGUCUGCCCUCCUGUCGAGCCACCGAACUCAUGUCCCUUAUUUCCGGUAUUUUGGGCCGACGGCCAUCGUUCCGGGCUAUAAGCAGAUGGAUGGGUUAUUUCAGGUAGUUCGGGUUCGGGAAACCCGCAAGAGCAAUCCGUCACUUUCAACCGAAUCGAUAUCCUCCAUCCAAGAUCCAACAGCCGCCCAAACUAUUGGAGUUUCACGGUUAGGUCCUGCUGGGAACUCGAAUAGUAUACAUUUUUAUGACCCAGACGACACGCUCCCCAACAGCGAAAUCGUGACCCAUCUAUGCGAAGUCUUCUUCACGCAUUUAGGCUGCAACUUCCCGUUCCUCCAGCGAGAUAGAUUCCUCCGUAGCCUGAAAGAAAAGCAGCUUGCGCCAAUCCUCGUAGAUGCAGUGUGCGCCCUCGCGGCAAGGUUCUCCCUCCACCCUCUACUAUCGGUUAAGCCAUCCGACGAGGCGACCUAUCCUCACCAUGGACAUGCUUUCGCCCACCGGGCUAUGUGCGCCGUUGUCGAUGCAUUCGCUUGCCCAACUUUGGCAGUGGUACAGGCCUGUCUCCUUCUUGCUUAUGAAGAAUUCGGAUCAAACCAUGACAGCGGCCUCUGGAUGUAUCUUGGGAUAUCAAUCAGGAUGGCGCAAGAUCUAGGAAUCCAGAAGCUCGAUGGCAUGAAGUUUACAUAUGGCUGUGUUGGCCUUACUCCCAAGAGCGUUAUAGCAGGUCAAGUUGUUGACCCGGAAGCAUCCGCCCUUACUGAUCGAAAGGACAAGAAAAGCACGAAUUACGGCACUGAUGCAGAAUCCAUCGAAAUAGAACGUGCAAAGGAGAGAGAAAAGGUCGACUUGUUCUGGAGUAUAUUCUUUCUUGACAGGGUUAUAUCCUCUGGAACCGGACGACCUGUCACUCUGCGCGACGACGAUAUUGAAAUACAUUUCCCCCUGGAGUCCCAGUCGAUGCUUCACAAUGGCUGGCCGUCACCGUACCCUCCGCUGAUGAGGAUAAUACACCUCUACGGCAGGAUGACCGAUUUGUUGAACUCGAUAAAGGAGGUGGUUCAUGUUACUCCCGACGUCCUCCGUCGUCUAGCAGGCAUGGAGAGUGAUCUCACAGGCAUCUAUCAAAAACUAUCUCCCAAGCUGUAUUUCAAUGCUAUCAACUUUCAGACCUACGUUAAGGCUGGCCAGGGAACAAACUUCAUUCUCCUGCACUUUUGGUUCCAUACCCUCAUUGUGCUCCUUCACCAGCCGACACUGUUGCAUUCAUUCAGCGGCAAAAUACAGCAGCUCUUCUCUAACAGUCGAGAAUUAUCAAUAUCCUCUGCCAAAACGAUUGCCGAUAUACUAGCCUUUGCAGAAUUGAUUGAUGCUAAAAGUUUCACCGGAAACCCGUUCACCAGUCAGCCCAUUUACAUUGCCGCAUGCGCUUUUCUAAUGGAGAGCGCUUUCUAUUCUCUUCCCUCGUCUAGAGCUGAAAGUCCUCCGCCGAAAGCCGAAUCAUCAAGUCAACCCACUAAACCUUCACUUCCUCCCGCUGAACGUCCCGUGGGGUCUGAUCGUAACUCCAGUGCUAAACAUUCCCUCCUAGCGGCUGCUGCGAAGGAAAACUACCAGCGGUGUUACAAGGCACUCCAAUCUUUGGAGAAAUCCUGGGCUGGCACAAAGUAUAUUCUCACAGCCCUGGACCAAAAGUCCAAGGGAAUAUGGGAUCCCCUGCUCUAUACGGAAGAAGAGAUGGAAAGUGCCGCAGACGUUGACGCAUCGUUAGCAUCAUUAGGAUGGAAGAAGUCAGUAGCACAGGAGGAGGGCAAUGAGAAUACGCAAGCCACUGGUGAUGCCGGCCGCCUUGCUUCUUCCCAUAUUCCCACUUCCACUGUACUAGAGUCGGCGAACAUUGAUCCUAGCCAAGGCAAGUAUUCACCAGCCCAUGUCAUAUAUGUAUUCACCCUUUUGCUAACUGAUCCCCAGCCAUCGCUCCAAACCACGUCAACGGAAAACCCAACACAAUAUCCCGAAACCUCACAGUUCCAACACGCCUAUCAACAUUCCCCUACCUCUAACCCGCACGCGGCUACUGUCACCACCUCACAGCCAAUGCAUUCCUACCAACAGCAUGAAGCUCCAAACCAACCGAGAAGAAAUGUCCAACUCUCAUCCCCAACUCAACAGAAUACUCUCUCGCCCCAUUAUCCACAUGUUCAAACCGAGAGGCAUUCACCCUCAAACACAUCCUUCAAUCUAACACAAAGUCCGCGAUUUGGCGGCGCAUCUGCAUCGAUGGCCCGUUCUCAACAGUCUGUAUCACCCGGCGUGCCACUCCCGCGAGAGAGCAGCACUCAGUAUACCUUCCACAAUCCGUCGAGCUAUAGUGGCCACACCAUUCCCGUGCUAGACAAUACCCAUGUCCCCGGGUACGAUAACGUUCCCUUAAAUGCUCAGAAUCUCACCAUCGAAAGCCAGGAUAUUGAUAUGAACACGCUCCAAGACCAGAACCAUUUUCCAUUCGCGUUCGAGGGAGGAGGCUUCAUGCCGUGGCUUGAGUACUUACCUGAAGAUGUCUUGCAUUUCUUUGGUGACCAUCAAGGUUGA